UCGGAAGUCUAGGGUCCUGAGACCCAGCGGGUGCCGCCCUAGCCUUGGCCUGAGAUCCGCAAAACUCAGCUUGCGAUGGCCUUACCGCCUUCUGGUGAGACCCAGUCCCUGCCCCAGAGUAACCCUCACCACCUGACUACCUACUACGCGCAUGCCCCAGGCUACAGUCACUUUAGGAACCUCGCCACCACCGAGGAGGAGUUUCAACCUUGGAAACUGACAGCUGCAGUGCUUGAGUCCCAGGCGAUGGCCCCUCUUAAUGCUUUUCGAAUGACUGCUCCCUUGUUGAACCCGGGUCUGGCUGUUCAGAGCGAGCCGCUCUACAAUCUGCCCUGGUACAAGUUGUCACCAUGGAACCGAAUUCCUCAAUUCACUCCCGAAGUACCACGAUUUCUAGACAGCACUGAGCAUAGGAGCAGCGGUUCCAGCACCCAAAAUUUGGUCCUCGGCGGCGGCGGCCAAAUCAGUGGUCAGAGGUGGGAAGCUGAAAAUUUACUUCUGCCAUCCCCGGUAAUUGCUUCCCUACUACCUGAUGGAAUUAAGACGUCCCAGUCAAUAUCUGUCCCCCAAACCUUGAACCAAGAGGGGAAGCUGCCGUUUCGCGGCUUCAAUUUCACAGAGGAGGAACUGAGCUUCGUUCUCUAUGGAGCCAUCGCUAGUCCGGAGCACCCAACCGACCUACAGCAUGCAAUUUCAGGCAUCCUGGUUCCCACAGAGAGUUCUGGGUCUAAUCAUCUUCAUAAAACCCUGGACAAAGACUCCCUUCAACUUCCGGAAGGUCUCUGCCUCAUGCAGACCUCAUUUGGUGAUGUGCCACACUUUGGCGUGUUCUGCAGCGACUUCAUUGCCAAAGGAGUGAGAUUUGGACCCUUUCGAGGUAGAGUGGUCAAUGCCAGCGAAGUGAAGGCACACAGGGACAACUCUCGGAUGUGGGAAAUUUUUGAAGACGGUCACCUGAGCCAUUUUAUCGACGGCAAAGGUUCUGGGAACUGGAUGUCCUAUGUCAACUGUGCUCGGUUCCCCAAGGAGCAGAACCUGCUGGCUGUGCAGCACCAAGGGCAGAUAUUUUAUGAGAGUUGUAGAGACAUCCAGCAGAACCAGGAACUGCUUGUGUGGUACGGAAACGGCUAUGAGAAGUUCCUGGGCGUUCCCAUGAACCUCCGUGCCACUGAGCAAGGAGGCCAGCAGCUGUCUGAGUCCUCUGAAGAGUCUGCAGAAGGUUAUAGAUGUGAACGCUGUGGAAAGGUGUUUACCUACAAAUACUACAGAGAUAAGCACCUGAAGUACACUCCCUGUGUGGAUAAGGGGGACAGGAAGUUUCCCUGUUCUCUCUGCCAAAGAUCCUUUGAAAAGCGUGACCGGCUCCGGAUCCAUAUUCUUCACGUCCAUGAGAGGCACCGGCCCUAUCUGUGUUCAACCUGUGGGAAAAGCUUUUCUCAGUCUUCCAGCCUGAACAAGCACAUGAGAGUCCACUCUGGAGACAGGCCAUACCAGUGCGUGUACUGUACAAAGAAGUUCACUGCCUCCAGCAUCCUCCGAACACACAUUAGACAGCACUCGGGAGAGAAGCCCUUCAAGUGCAAGCAUUGUGGCAAAGCUUUCGCAUCUCAUGCUGCCCACGACAGCCACGUCCGCCGCUCACACAAGGACAAUGGCCGUAGCUCCUGCAAUAUUUGUGGGAAAGGCUUCCUGGAUCAAGAGGCUUUCUAUGCCCACAUGAGGCUUCAUAAAACAUGCUAGGCCUUUGAAAGCAAAGCCAGUUACCAACCAAGAACUCUGACUCUAAUUCCUGGUUUGUCUGUGUCGCGUGGACAUGGUUGAAGUGUUCAGUGAGAAUUUGGAGAAUGGAGUAGUUGAUCUGAAGCUCCAAAACUUAUGGAAUCCAUUCAGACCAGGAGUGGGAAUAAAGUCCUGGAGCUUGUGAUUAAAGAAGAAAAGAUUCCUCCGCUCCUGUCUGCCUUGAACACCCCGUUAUACAGUCUGUAGCCAGUGACUAUGUGCAUGAGUGUGUGCCGCGUGCAUGUUUCUGUGCUGCAUGCAUGUGGAGGCCCAAGGAAGACAUCAGAUCCUCUGGGGCUGUAUUUACAGAUAGUUGUAAGCCACUGUGUGGGUACCGGGAAUUGAACCCAGGUCUUCUGCUAGUGCUGCUAGGACUUAACUGCUAAACCAUCUCACCAGCUCCUGCUUUCUAUUUGGUUUUGGUGGUGGUGUUUUGGUCUCUCUCUCUUUCUCUCCCACCCCCAAGCUGGCUUUAAACUUGUCAUAUAGCUGAAAAUGACCUUGAAUUACAGGAUUAAGUUACCACACCCAAGCAAUUUGCACUACCUAGAGAUUUGGUAUGUUAUAACUAAGUCUUCUGCCGUGUAUUAAUGUUCCAUCUUAAUUUGAGCUCAUUUCUCUCCUCACUGAGCAAUGAAAAUGCCAGGUAAUCCACCUAGCACCAGAAAGAAUCAUUUCCAGCGCAGGAAGACUGGCAAUUCUUGUUGAUGCCUAACUUUUACCAACAGAGAAGGAAAAUUAUAUCUGAAUAAAGACAGGCUGAAAAUAAACACUUAUGCUACUCUGGUUUU